CCGACAGCCGAUGAGAGAGAACGCGCUCGUCAAAUUUAUCAGGGCGAAGAGCAAGAAUUGCUUAAAGACGAGGCUGCUCCAUGGCUUGGUGAUAAGAAUCCCGUCAGCGCUCGCACUCUUACUGCGUACAUGGACCUCUUUGACUUUGCCAAUCGAAACAUUCUCAGUGGCUUGCGCAUGCUCUGCGAUAGACUCGUGCUGAAGGGAGAGAGUCAACAGGUCGACCGCAUUCUGGAUGCCUUUUCUAGAAGAUGGGACGAAUGCAAUACCCACAACGGCUUCAAAGGGCCAGGUGUAGUACACGCCAUUUGCUAUGCACUGUUAUUGCUCAACACUGAUCAGCACAUGGCCGAUAUUCAACACAAGAUGACACGAUCCGAAUUCAUCAAGAAUACCAUGCCUGCGAUUAAAUCGGCUGCAGAGAGUGCAACCAUCCGACCGUCUCGUUCUCAAAGACCUUCUUUGCCUUGGUCAGACACCACACCCAAGUCCCCUGAUGAUGAUGACCGAAGCUCUAUCGAUUUCAGAAGGUCGACCAAGCGUCUCUCAUUCAGGCCGGGCAUGGGCAGAUAUGAAACUGAUCCUGGUCCGGGUGAAAAUGCAGAAUUCGGCUCAAUGAACCAUAUGGUCAAUCGUCCCUUCGAUGGUCCUGACCAUAAGUGGUUGUCAGAAGUUGAGUCAGUACUCAAAGCAUUUUACAACUCGAUUGUAUCCUUGGCUCUUCCUCUACAUGGCUCUCAGAAAUCGAAAGAACAGCCUGGUUCAUCCCACAGCCCUGCGAACCUCGCUGUUGCAGGCAACCUAAGGCGCACUGGUUCUAUCAUAUCCAAAGCACCUUCUGAGGGCUUCUCCUACCGCAGCAAGAGAAACAACAGCGCUCUAUCAUCACAUUGGAACGCAAGCAAUAACAGAUCGAGGCAGAAAAUCUACCCUGCUUCAACCGUUGGCUCAACCCGAACCUCGAUCGAUGAUGGCCGAUCUGUUUGGAGUCCAUCUGCACAAAGCAGUAUGUGGAGCAAGAUAUCCAUGGGUAGGACCCAGACCACGAUGAGUGUUGAGAGCUUCGCCGUUCAUCCAGACUUCAAGCAGAGCCUAGGAUUUACCAAUGCCUUGUCGCAAGCAAUCAUCCGAGAAGAAAGUGCAGGUGAUACUGAAUCAGUCAUGAAAAUUGGCACAGUGCUCGAAGAUGAGAGUCUGGAGUUGGCUGGUGCGCCUUGGGCCAAAGAAGGCAUGGUUAAGCACAAACACCAUCUCGAUGGUCCUGAGAAGAAGGCCAAGGAGCGCAGCUGGAGUGAAACUUUUGCUGUGGUUGAGAAAGGAUAUUUGCAUCUGUUCAAUUUCAACCGGACUACAACCAAGAUCAACGAUAUGCGUAGCACCAAGCGCCAGCUACCGAAGACAGGCAAGGCUGCUAGUGUAACACCUUCUGUCGUGGGUGGCGGUAAUUGGACUGACAACGCGGACGAAACUGACCAAUUCCUGCUGAGGCAAUCUCUUGCGACUGUUCUACCGCAUCCGGGCUAUAGUAAGACUCGUCCGCACGUUUGGGCAUUGAGCUUACCGACUGGAGCUGUUCAUCUGUUCCAUGUUGGCACUGCGGAGAUUGCAGAAGAGUUCGCCUCCACUGUGAACUACUGGUCUGCGCGCCUGAGCAAAGAACCUUUAGUGGGUGGUGUUGACAACAUCGAGUACGGCUGGAGUGAUAACAUCAUCAACCCUGCUCUUGUUGGCAACAGCAAUGGAGAACCGCUUGCGAAACCUCCGUCCAGAGCUGGAAUCAGUCACGCAUACUCUACAUCUGUCAAUAGUGUUGGCAAACAGAGUAUGCAAUCGACUGUCCGUGGCUCUUUUGACCAAACAUUCGGAUCAAGAUCCAGACUGCCUGGGGACCGUGCUCAUAUCGCUGACUGGAAGCCUCCUGCAGCAUCGAUGCUGCCGUCACAGCUGCUCGAAAUUGAUCAACUUCGCAGUCUCAAAGCAUAUGUGGCGUCUGUAGAAUCUGAAUUAGAGCGUCACAAUGAGUUGCGAAACGCCGUGAACCUUGCCUACACGAAUCACCACGGUCAAAACUGGAACAAGGUCACCGCCAACUGGGAGAAGAAGAGUGCUUAUCUUCUGCGUGAAGUCGUCAAGUUCAGAACCUAUAUCGAAGCUCUCGAGCGAGCUGGUCGCGAGAAAGAAAAGGUCUACCAG